CCAACAAAUAUCACACGGAAUCGUUCCCUCUCCUUCGAAGCCUUCACUCUCACUCACCGCUCACGCUGCGCACUCUCUCUCUCUCUCCAGGACUUUCUACUUUUAAUCUUCUUCUUCUUCAAAUUAGGGUUUCUAAUUAUACUUUUGAUUCCUUCAAUUCUCCUGUUCUUCUCCUCAGAUGACUUCUCAAUCCACACACUACUACGAUUCCCUCCCCUCCAGCUCUUCCCCACCCUCCUCCUCUGGCGCCUUCCUCUCACGCGCCAGAGAUACCACCCUCUCUGCCUAUUCCACCCGCCGCCCAUGGCCUCAAUUCUUCGACCUCCACUCCUUCAGCCGCCCCUACUCCUUUGGCGAAGCUACCAUCCGCCUUAAACGAAACCUAUCCUACUUUCGUAUUAAUUACGCUAUGGUUAUUCUCGUUAUCCUCUUCCUCAGCCUCUUGUGGCACCCCGUUUCGAUGAUCAUAUUUUUAAUCGUCUUCGUCGCCUGGUUUUUUCUUUACUUCUUUCGAAAUGAGCCGUUGGUGAUUUUCAACCGUCAGGUGGAUGAUCGCGUGGUUUUGGGAGUUCUUUCUAUUGUGACCAUUUUGGCGUUGGUUUUCACGCACGUGUGGUUGAACGUUUUGGUUUCGCUGUUGAUUGGGGCCUUUUUGGUGUGUCUGCACGCCGCGUUGCGAGGGACCGAGGAUUUGUAUUACGAUGAAGGAGAUGGUGCUGGUAAUGGGAUGUUUUCUGUUGUCGGAAGCCCCGUCGGAGUUGGCUUCAGCCGCGUUUAGUUCAUUUUCAUGAUCAAUUCGUGGUGGUUAGAGUUUUCAAUUCUUUUUUGAAGUUUUAUUUAUCGGUUAAAUUGAAUUUGUGGGUGUAAAUGAUUAUAUAGGUUUCUCUUUAUAAAUGAAGAGUUGAAUAAUUGGAUCUUACAGUAAUUCAAGUGAGGCAAUUACUUUUUGUUUGUGAAUUUUAAUGCAAAUGUGUCCCUUAUUCUCUACGUCUGUAUUGAUUUGUCCAUUUUGAGUGAAGAAAAAUGUCUGACCCAACCUUCUAUUGGUGGAAUUAUACAGUUCUAUUUGUUGUUUCAA